AUGACAAUAGCAAGCAUCUUGGAUCGAUUUACAACCGCCUACAAGCCCUUGAAGGAUCAUCCAAUCCCAAGAACAAGAGAGAGAAGUCCAACACCCAACCUCCCUCUCUUUCCUUGCAAUGCUGCACGAGCUAUACAUAGAAGAGGCAAUAAUCGCCAAGUCAUUGAAGACAAUGAAGAAAAAAACAGAGAGUAUGAGGAACAACUUGAGGAUGAAGAAGAAGAACAUAGCAUUGACAUUAAUGCUUCUUCAAAACAGAGCAAGGACACGCCUAGCUCAGCUGACCCUCGUUUCUCACCACCACCACGAAGCCAAGCUUCAGAGCUUCCAAGAUUGGAAUUGAUACAAAGACCACCACCUGCACCCAGUGAAGAAGAAGACACUUGGUGCUAUGAUCCCAUUGACCCCAACAAGAUAAGCCCCAUGAAGCUUAAGGAGUUCAAUGCUAAGGUUAAGUCACUAUCAUUCUAUGUUACUUUUGACGAAGCUUGGGACAAGCAUGACUUGGUAGAUUUCUUUUUCGCAACUGGCGAAUCUAAAGAGGAGUUACACAAGCUUUUUAAGCAAGCUCGAUUUCCCCUUGCUCCUCAUGCAGUCAAUCAACCACCGUCUCCACCAUCAACACCACGCCAUGAAUGGUAUGUCAAUUCCAUAUCAAGAGAGAAGCUUACUGAGUUCAGUCAGUUUUUCUAA